GCUCAACCAGUCCAGCCUCACCCUACGUGCUUUCCACACCUCAACCUUCUGCGGUGUAUGUGUGUUGUGUAUCACGUGAAACAUAGGAAGCACAGAGAGAGAGAGAGAGACAGUGCAUUCGAUAACUGUUGAUAGUACGUAAGAGAGAGAGCGGAGUUUGCCCCAAGUUAGUAUGCAGCUGACUCCCGAGGUGUUAGUUGUGUUCGCCGACUCAGCCUUCACAUCUUUACGCCCUUGUGACCUUAUAAAUAAUAAUAAAUUAAACGUACAAAUAUAUAUUAAGUAAACAAGAAACAAGGAAAAAUACAUACGAUCAUAUUUCAAGAAGUGAGAGCUGAAAGAUAUUACAAUACUGAAAAAGUUCGAGAGAUCUCAAAGAACUACUCAGUAACGAGAUUUACAAGUGGUAUGUGGUGGUGUAGUAAAAGGUGGAGUGUGGUCCACGUGUAGCUGGCGCAUCACACCGCCGGGGAAGCAACCAGAGGCUUCCUCCAACCGGCAACAUGUCACCCACCCUUCAACAUCCGGAGGCUUCAUUCGAACACACAAGCCUCAUGCAGCAGACGGAGAACAAGGUGGCAAAUGACUUCAGGCAUUUAGGUAACGUGGAUAUCUUCCACCACCGCCCCAGCCUCGAGGACACCACAGAGUCCUCCAUCUGUGGCUCCUACAAGUAUCACACGGAGUUUGUGGACGUCGAGAGCGGGGAGGUGGAGGUGGGUGAGGAAGUGCUAGCCAACGGUCGUAGCAGCAUCGGUUCAGGACUCUUCGACUGUUCUCCCAGGAGCUCCGCGGAGUCCCACAACGACCGCUUCGAGAUCAUGGCGCGCAACUCCCUACCCGGCCUGCAGCAGCGGCGUCAGUCCACAGCCUCCGCCUUCAUUCACGAGCCCAUUACCGCUACCACCGACGACCGCAACUGGUCAUGGCGCUACCUCAGGGAGAGAUUCCGCAUCAAGGAUUUGGAGGACCUGUUCGAGCAAUAUCAGCUGCGCCUCCACCACGCCAUGCUUAUCGUCUACCUCUUCCUCCAGAUCUUCCUGUCCCUCCUCUUCAUCAUUAUCCUUGUCAGCACCACGUUGCAUAGGAAUUUGCUGCUGCCGGAGCUGACGGGCCACGCUGCCACCCUUGUGGUGUGCGCGGCUCUGCUGGUAUAUGUAUACAACGAGCAAACCUUCCGUCAGUUUCCGAGACUCCACAUCGUUUUGUCUGGCCUCGUCAUUCUCACGCUGUUUGCCACCGACGUCGCCCUCACGCUCUACUUCCACGAGAAAGACGUCAGAGGUGAACACCACAAGGAUGUCAAGUUCGGGAACAUGGUGUACCUGCUGCUGGUGGUGUACGUGUUCCUGCCCAUCCCCCGCAAGUGGCAGGUGACGUUGAUGGCUCUACUCCUCACCCUUGGUUACCUCGCCCUUGGCUACUACUCCCUCAGCGACCACCAGACCUCCAGCAUCCUCACCAAGAUGUGUGUGGACGCGUUCAUCUUGGUGUGCGUCAACCUGGUGGGGGUGUAUUGGCGUUUCAUGAGUGAGGUGGCUUUCAGACGCGCCUUCCUCGACAAGCGUGGCAGCCUCGAGUCCAAGUUCAAGUUGGAUGCAGAGAAGAAGCAGGAGGAGGGGCUGCUGUUGAGUGUGCUGCCCAAGAACAUCAUGCAGCAGGUCAAGUCAGACUUCAGGAAUAUGCUCGAGCAAACUGUAUACAACCACAACCCCGUCUCUAAGAACAAUCCCUUUCCAAACUUAUAUCUGAACCAGCACGAGAUGGUGUCCAUUCUGUAUGCAGAUAUCGUCAACUUCACACCUCUCACUACCAAGCUUAGCGUUGACCAGCUCGUGGAGAUGCUAAACGACCUCUUCGGACAGUUUGACGCCGCCUCCGAGACUAACGACUGCCUGCGCAUAAAGAUCCUGGGUGACUGCUAUUACUGUGUGUCUGGGGUGCCGGAGUACACCAAGGACCACGCUAACAACUGUGUCAAGGUCGGCCUCGAGAUGAUUGAUAUCAUCCGCGGGAUCAGGGAGGAGAGGGCAGUAAACGUCGACAUGCGAAUAGGUAUACACAGUGGAAGAGUUCUGUCUGGCCUGAUCGGUGUACGCAAGUGGCAGUUCGACGUGUGGAGCAACGACGUCACCAUCGCUAACCAUAUGGAGCAGACGGGCGUGGCGGGUCGGGUUCACGUGACCCAGAAAACCCGCGAGCUACUCUCUGGCCUAGACUACGGGUUCGAACCCAGCGGCGCACAGAAGAAGGACCAGCUGUUGCAGACGGAGGGUAUCGAGACCUUCCUUAUCAUCCCUAAGCGAAGGCCGGGAACUACCAGGAGGGUGUCAUACUCACAGUCGUCGUCCAUCAAACCCAGGAUCUCGGUGUCUACGGAUCCGGCAGACCUAAGGAACCUGUAUGAGGGCGACGUAAAGAGGAUCACCAAGGUGCAACUCCCAGGCGGCGCCACUCGAGGAUCCCUUCUUAAUCGGAGAAGGUCAACCCACUCAGAGAACGCCUUGGCAUCCAAGAGACGGACAGUGGUGACGGACAGCGCCCUGGCUAACUUCCAGAGGAUCAUGGUCAACUCUAAGGAAUUCAUGGAGAAGGCGAUAGAGAGCAUGCCACUGAGGAAGUAUGACCAGUGGUUCAAACCUGAGGGCAUCAACCCCUUGCUGCUGACCUUCACCAUAGAAAAGUGGGAGCUGCCUCUCCUACGUCAGGCAGAUCCUCUCUACAGAUACUAUAUCCUCUCUGCCGUCGUCAUCUUUAUGUCCAUCUUCGUCACCCAGCAGAUCCUCAUGCCUGUGAACACCUGGGGUUGGGUGGCAGGAGUAGUGUGCUUCAGUAUCCUGGUGGUGGUGGGCCCUCUGGUGUGGACGUCCACCAUCCACAAACAUAUCGUCGACCCUCACGAUGACCGUGAGUACGAAUCCCACAAGCAAAACGCCAUCACUACCUUCUUUUACACCUCCUCCAAGACCAUCAUCUCAUCAAUCAGUUUACGGGUGAUGCUCUUCUUAUUGGUGUGCAUCUCCCUCUACGUCUGUGCUGUUAUUAAUGUGCCUGAGUGUAAAAAAAUAGUGGAAGAAGUACUUUCCCCUACCUCUGAUUAUGCCUCCACUACUACCAGGAACCAAACUAGCGGAGUUCACAUUCCGCCACUCUGUUGUGACCCCUGGUACUUCACCUACAGCUGUACUCUCAUGCUGCUGAUGGCUUGGACUUUCUUCAGGAUGCACUUCCUCCUUAAGUUCUCAGUAUACUUAAUUGCUGUGUCUGUCUAUGCACUCUUCGUCUUGGACUUUGCUGAGGAAAUAUACACCCAUGAGUUGCUGGGCGAUACGUGUCCUCCCUUAACGGUGACCAGCUUGGGUCUCAGCCCAGGGAUAGGUCACGUUCUCUUCAUCUGCAUGAUCUUCUUGGCACUACACAUGAUGGAUAGGCAGAUGGAGUACAUUAUGCGUCUAGACUUCCAGUGGAAACAGCAGCUAGAAGCAGAGCAAAAGGAAGCAGAAACGACACACUUCGCCAACAAACUUCUCCUGCAGAACAUUCUUCCCUUGCAUGUUGCGGAUAUGUAUUUGAACCAACAAACUCAGAUGGAUGAACUGUAUCAUGAGUCUUAUGAUCACGUGAGUGUCAUCUUCGCUUCCAUCCCUAACUACAGCGAAUUUUACCGUGAAAACGUCCUGAAUCAAGAUGGCAAGAUGUGCCUGAGGGUCCUUAAUGAGAUUAUCUCAGACUUUGACAUGCUGACUUACAACGUGCAGUUUAUGACUAUGGAAAAGAUCAAGGUGGUGGGCAGCACAUACAUGGCUGCAUGUGGUCUACAGCCUGGCCGUAGAAACAGUGAUGACUCCAACUUCGAGGAGCGAGACAAACGCGAUAAUGUGUCUACUAUCACCAAGUUUGCUGCUGCAAUGUUCGAAAAGCUUGAAGCCUUCAAUAAAGAUGAACAGCAAGAUUUCAAAUUAAGAGUUGGUAUUGACGUGGGGCCCGUGAUCGCAGGAGUGGUAGGUGCUCACAAGCCCAUGUAUGAUAUCUGGGGUAACACUGUCAACGUGGCUUCCAGGAUGGACUACACGGGCGAGAUGGGCAAGAUACAUGUAACCUCUCAAGUAGGUGAGACCCUGCAAGAGAUGGGCUGGAGUGUGGAGUGUCGAGGAGACAUUUACGUCAAAGGGAAAGGGCGUAUGACCACCUACUUUGUGGACCCCAAGAGUGUCCCUUGUGAACCUGCAGCACCUCAUGGGUCUAACAACAAUGAUGACAACAAAGGAGGUCAAGGUCCUACGAGUGAAAGAAGACGAAGUAGUCAGCUAAGCAUAAAUUCCAUUAAGGGCUUCUUACCAUCUCACAGAGGCAGCCUGGACAUCAGUAUAGGGAAGGAGGCUGAUACUCAGAGUACCAAAUCCUUUCCUGUAUACAAAUCAAUUAAACAUGGGAACCCUCUGGAUACCAAUGCUGAACAAUUAUGUUCAGUAGGAACAACACAUCGUGGUAGUCUGGAUUCAAGCAUUACAGAACUUAAAAAGAAAAGCUCAAAAUUCUAUCAACCUUCCCUAGUUAUAGAAGAAAAUGAAUGGCAAUUUGAAGGUGAUAACUCUCACAAUAACACUUGUCGCAAGCUGUCAACUCAAUCACUACAAGAGCAAUCUUUGUCUUGUUUUUCAAAGUAUAAUAAUAAUGUAAUUACUAGUAAGAUACCAGAGUUAUCAAAAGAUGAUAGAAAAACAUCAAUAUCACCUCACUCUAGUUUAGAAACUACUAAUAGUGUCUCAUCCUUACCCUCCAGUGACAACAAUUUGGCUUCAAAAGCAUUUAAGGACAGAGAUAGUGUUAAUAGCAAAUCUUAUAGGGAAAGCAUCACGUCGUGGUCUUCCAGAUCUUCUGGUGUUAAUAGUCCUAAUCAAUCCACAAGUAUGAAGCAAGUGGACGUUCACCAGCAGGUGCUGUGGGACCCGAGUAAAGCACACGCGCCUCAAACUUCACUCACUGUCGAAUCUGACGAUGGAGAAGUGCGGUUGAGAAUAUGAAACUCACUAAAAAGCACUUCUGAAAUAUGUGAUAUUAGUAAUUACUUACAUAGUGCUAAAUGUUCAUAUGUAGUGUUAGUACAGUGCAGACAAGUAAUUGUAGUGCAUCUACCUGAAAAAUCAAGUGUAUUUUUGCAAGUUUUUAAGUAGGUACGUAUGUUGAACACUAUAUACAGUGGGAAAAAAGUAUGCUGAAAGGUACUUAUGAACAUUACAACUAAUAAUGUGACAUACUUAUAUGACAAAAUUUAUUUUUCUUCCAUGGCGUAACUGAAGUUUAGUGUUAUAAAUUAACUGAUGUACCCUGGGUAAAGUUUAGGGGAUGAAAGUGGUUACAGUAUUCAUUUGGGCAGGAAAUUGAAAGAUUAUUAAAUUAAUUUUUCAAUGUUAAUGUAAAUGUAGAAAAAUUAAAUAGUGUUGAAUGAUGGGAAGAAACACAUGCACGCACAAACACACACACACACACACAUUUAUAUACCCUAGUACAGGGGGUCCCCGGGCUACGAACGGGUUUCAUUCCUGAGGACGUUCUUAAGUCGGAUUUGCACCCAAGUCGGAACACAUGCUAUUUGCAUACCUUACUUAGAGAACAAUGUUUCAAAUCCCACUAUAUUACAGCCUAAGUCCUUAUGUACAUCUAAAAUUACUGAAUUUAAGACAAAAGAAGAAUUAGAAUAUCUAAAUGCAGUAAAUGAAAGUAAAAAUUAAGUCAUCGUGUAAAUAAAAUACCCUGUCUGUAAAUUUCAAGUUUAACCCCGUUUGUAUUGGCAGGCGUUCGUAAGUUGGGGCCC